AAUGACAUGAAUCAUAAAAAAUUAUGUAUUCGACGACUAUUCGUGUUGCUAGCUUGCUUUCUGUUUUUGGAAGCAAAACGCUCUUUUCAGAAUCACUCACUUACUUUUCGCUGAACGUUUCCUGAAGUAAAUAAUUAGUUCAACACAGACCACCCAGCUUUCUUGUGUGCUGAUUGAUAAGGCAAACAUAGUUUACAAGUGGAUCGUCCCAUUGGAGGAAAGUACGGUGGUCACGUUGAGCUGACAGAAAGCACCCCGAAACGCAGCUGAAAACAACGGCGAAAGUGUGUGCGUUUAGUUUCUGCCGGAAGGUUUGUCCAGAUUCGGAUCGGCGCGCUUUCCGCCAGUAGUGCGUGGGGCACCGUCAAUGGCGUCAUUGCUUCCCCUAUCCGUCCGCUGGAGGUAGAUCCCACCACUGCAUGCUAGCGUUUCCGAAGCACCGCUUUCCAGGCACUCGGGGAUCGCAAGCCGGGUCGCAGCGGGCACCAGCUGAGUGAUAGCCCUCUUCCGAUAUCUUGAGUGAGCUGACGAGUAUCCUCAGCUGGUCGUGGUGCCGUGGCGCAUGUAGAGUUCAGAAGGAAAGGAGGCGACGUCAAAAUCAUUCCUACCUCUGGCACGAGAAAUUGGUACAGAAGAGCCUCCGGAAUACAGCGGUCGCGACGGAAUUGUCCACUGAAUGGACUCGCCGCAAAUGGAGCAGACACCGGAGUGACAGUAGCACUGAACCAGGCGUCCACCACCACCUGCAGCGUGCUAGCGUCCCAGGGAGUGGAGGAAGGUUAGCACGGUCGCACCGUGACCAGUGCCGGUGAAACAGUCUGGAGAAUGGCCUCUCCACACCACCAGCCUCAGGAGCGAAAGCCGGCUCGGCCUCCUUCGACUAUCUCCGUGUCCGGUGUCGGCCAUAGUGGCUACUUAUGGCUCACAAAGAAAUCAGGAAAGCUGAAGUUGCGAAAGACAAAGACGAAGUUAUGGUUUGUGUUCGACGUUCCCAGUUGCAAGUUGAUGUUCUCGAGGAGUCCGCAGGAGGCGGUGGCCCAACCGACAAACAUAAAUUCUCUGGACCUCAUUGAUUCGACGUUGAUGUUCGGGCAAGACAAGAACCAGUUCAUCAUAAGUGUCCAGGGCAGUGAGUUCCAUCUGACGGCCGAUAGCCACGACUCGAUGAUGAAGUGGAUGAACACCCUGCAGGAUUGCCGUGAGCUGCAUCGCAAGCAGCUGGAAGACCUGGAGAUUGAGCUGGUGUCGACGGUGUGCAUGGAUGUGCCAGGCACGGCAGAAGAUCUUCUUCCUGGCACUCUACUCGGCGGAGAUUCGGAUCAAGAAGAUGGCACCCACUCUGCUGGAGCUGCACGUAGCAGGUCCCCACGGCAGAGCAUACCACAGGCAACCAAAGAUGACAGACCUGAUUCAGCCGAGCCUUUGUCAUUGACAAUUGGCUCACACGCUAGUGUGGUGCUGGACCCGCACGAGUUCCUGUCGGAACUGAACACGCACACCGCGGCAGUGGCUAUACUGGAAAGCCCUAGUGAAGAGGUGAUACCCAGACAGGACAGCCUUGAGCAGGGCGACCUGACACCCACGCUAUCAAGCAUUGCUACUCUGGAAGCGCUACCGGGGAUGGCGCCUGACAGCAUACAGGAAGAGGACGAAACUCAAUGGGACUCCGGGAGUGAGAAGGCGUCCUGCAACUCGAUUGUUUCCGACUCCUCCAGCGCCACGCGCACAUCCUCCGGCGAUGAUGUUGACGUGGACGUUGCUAUGGUGACCGUUGCCAGGGGAGCGCUGCGACCAGAGCCGAUCAGCAGUGAGGUCCCGGAGGCCGAUGAUGCUCUGUCGUCGGACGAAUGCCUGGUGCGGCCGGUGCAUCGCACUGACUCCAUGCAGUCUUUCCACAGUGGCUACACAAUGUGGGAGCACUUCAACUGCCGCCAGUCUGAGGUGGGCCAGCACGAUCUCGUGGUCAUGGACGACGACGAGCCGACAAACACGAACGGCUUCUCCGUCAGCCAGUACGCGUCACGUCUCAACGAAGAGAGGAAAGACCGGAGGGAUUCAAAACAAGUGCAAUCUCUGAAGGCAUCCCUCCAUCAGCUGGAGAGUGACUUGAGAAUGGCACUGAAUCAGGUCUCGUUGCUAGAAAACCGAGAAGUAGCGUACAGAGAGAAACUGUCCAAGGUCGACGAUAGCUCAACCACCAGCAAGCCCUUACAGAAGAAUCAACCUGAUUCGGGGCCAUCCCGUGCCAAGCAGAUCACCAUGAGAAUACGGAGAAGUGCGUCCACAGCAUCCGACGUGCACACCAACAGGGAGAGAGAAAGUGAAGUCGAGGACCUGAAAAUGGCGGCGGAUAGAUACCAUGAACAAAACAUCGUGAUGACAAAGGAGGUUGUUCAGCUUGUGGAGGCGCGGCGCGAGGAGCAGAAGAAAUGCCAACAGUACACCGUGCAGUGCAAGCUACUGUCACAGGACAUGGUUCGUCUGAAGAUCUCCUAUGUGGACGUGCUGCAGGAGAGCUAUCCGAUUCGAUUGAAGUCUGCACCAGGUGACCGGUGGGAUGAGGACUCCGGCAUAGAUCCACUGGAGGCCAAGAAUCAGCAACGAGUGUAUGCGUUACUGGCAGAGUGUCAUCGUUAUGAUAAGACCGUGCCUGUGUUCAACAAAUCCUUUCCGGGUGGCAAACACAUUGAGGAUUUUGGCUUCAGCCACACAUGGGACGAGUACAACGUGGAUAUGCACUACUAUCUGUGUGAUCUAUUGAAGAGACACUACAAACGGCAGCUACCUGAUUCAGUUGCGAAACGCCAGGACAAGAACUGGAAGACAUUCUUGGCUGACAAUCUAUGGGACAUGAACAAGAUGGCGCAGAGAUCUAAUGACCUGAAGAGCCUGAUCAUCAAUGGCAUCCCUCCCAAGCAGAGACCAAAUGUUUGGAAGAGCUUGAUCGGUUUGCGUCUGAAGAAGUACCGGGAAACCAAGGGUCCCGGCUACUACAAGAGCUUACAGGGAUACCAGAACUCCCACUCUAGGCAGAUCCAGGUGGAUCUUCAUCGAACGCUCACAUCGCACAUUGAAUUUGUGCGCGGCUCCGAGAUGAUUGCCAAGCUUCAGCGCAUCUUGCUUGCGUACAGCAUCCACAACCCUCUUGUUGGAUAUUGUCAGGGCAUGAACAUGCUGGUGGCGUUUGGACUGCUCAUUCUGCAAGACGAAGAGGAGACGUUCUGGUUGAUGGUGGCACUGGUGGAGCGCUACCUGCCCGAGCACUAUUUCGACAAGAAUCUCGUCGGUGCUCAGGCCGAUCAGCUGCUGAUGAAAGAGCUCCUGGAAGAGAAGCUCCCGAUGUUAUCACAACACCUGGACUUCUAUGGCAUUGAUGUUGCCAUGGUGACGUUCAACUGGUGUCUGACUGUGUUUGUGGACGCCGUGCCAACGGAGACGUUGCUACGGAUAUGGGACUGUUUGCUGUUCGAGGGAAGCCGCGUCCUAUUUCGCUUCUCGCUGGCCAUCCUGCAAUGGCACGCCCCACGUCUUCAGCGGAUCCAUGACCCGAUUACACUCUUCCAGCAUCUGAAGCUGAUGGCCAAACUAGCGUAUGGAGAGGAUGAACUGACAAAGAUUGCGUACAUUGCCAUGCACCCGUUUGCAGCACGCAAACACCUGUCUGCACGACGCGAGCACUUCAUGGCCAUCAAGCAGGCAUCCAUCGAUGAAGAUGACGCCGCCAGGGUCCGCCAGAAACGAGAACAGGCACCUGUGGCGUUCAAGUCACCCAUGCAGCGUGGGUCCAAUCGACCGUCGGACGUGUCCAAGAGAGUCACGGUGUGGGAGUGUGCCGCACUGGAAUCUCCUGAUCUGCUGUGGCUGUGCGAAGGAGACCGAGAGGCCGGCUAUGUGUCGAUCCUGCGCCCAUCCACUGCUCAAGCCUCCCUCAUCGAAUGUGACUUACAGUCGCGUAUCAUGUCCAUAUGCAAGCUACAGGACCGGCACAUGCUACUGGGCACAUUGCUGGGAACACUGACUGCCUUCCUGUCUAACACUGGGUGCGAGUUGUUCACCAUACAACUGAAAGACUCUGUUCUCUCUCUGGCUUCGAUGAAAGACGGCAAGACGUUUGCCGGACUGGCAGAUGGAACACUGGUUGUGUUUGAGAAAUUCACGGCACAGGCAAUAUCGCGCGAGGUCCCAAUCCAGUCUGGCGUGUCCAUCACCUCGUUGCUGCUGGUCAACACGGAGGAGCGCGGCUUGGAGCAAUCAAUGUACACACCGCGUGUGCGUCGGCGCACAACGGCCAGCAACUAUUCCGACUCCACAGACCUGGAGCAGACGACGGAGGAAGACGACAACGGGGUGCCUGAAAACGCUAAGGAUGCGUCUGAAAUCACCAAGGAUGAUACCUCGGACGUGCCGCAACAACCUGAGAACGGUGGUGGUGAUGAAGUAGAGGGAGACGGUGGCGGAGAUGUACCGGAUUCGUUUGGCGCUAUGCCCAGUCUGACGGCUGUGGAUGGCGGCGGCAAGGGCCGGAAAGCAAAGCUGGUGGCGGAUAGGACUAUCAGUGAAGGCGUGACUGUGGAGCAGAGGCAGCACAGUCGGCAGCACACUCUGUCACCAGCAUCCUCACUACUGGGCACCGGUCCAAUGCUGUGGUGUGGAUGUGGUAACAAGCUACUGGUACUGGAUGCAGAAACUCUAGAGGAGGUCACAUCGAUUCAGUUGUCCACGAAUCAGCGUAACAACAUCAGUCACCUGCGGCUCACCGACCAUGGCGUAUGGACUGUCAUGCACAGGACUGCAACCAUAGACCUGUGGGACCGGCACACGUUCAAGCGUCUGCUCUCAGUGGACUGCGCUGCGCUGCUCGUGCAAAGGAUCGAGGAGGCCGAAGAGGCGUUUGCAGCUCCCGUGUCGCAACGUGCCACGGGCUUUGCGGUCGGCAAGCACUCAUUAUGGCUCGGCACAGCCAAUGGAUAUCUGCUGAUAUGUGACAUUGUGGACUGUACGCAAGAGUCAGGAGGUACAAACACAUCGGGAAACCCAGCUGACGCGACAGACUUGACCAGUGAAACCAUGCCCGGGCAAAGCAAUCUGGACGAAGCGCCGCCGUACAAACUCAGGCUGGCCGGCCUUCAUCGUGUCUCGGAAGACGCUCUCCGUGUCCUUGUUGUCGCACAAGCCGAUGGCGAGGACAUUGCCCUGCACUGUCCGCAGCACUCGCCCCCUCAGCUGUGGCGACAGCAGCCGUCCACGGAUGAAACCAAGGACGCUGGUCGUGUGUGGCGCUCGCAAGUCGUGGACUGUGAGAACACGGUCAUCGAAGAUCUCCUGCACCUGGAGAAAACACGCAUGCAGGAGCAAGGUUUUCCGGACGUUAAAGGAUCCGGCUCGGCUGGACGAUUCCAGGAGUCCAUGGACUUUCUAGCUGAAGCUGAGAUGAUUGACCCGGAUGAGAUCAUAAUCAAGCCGGCCACUAUCGACGAUGUUCCGGACAGUGAAGAGGUGGAGGACAGCUGAGCCCAUCACGCGAUGCCGCACUCAGGGUUCCCGCCGUGCAUUGCCGCGGAUGGUGCACAUGCUGUAUGCGGCACACGUGUUGAGCUUUUCGAUGCAUGCUUCUGCCAUACUACUUCUGCGGCUGACAGGUUGUCAUGGGAACACUUUGCUAGUGUGAGGUGCUGCGAGCGGUGAAUUUUGAUAUUUCGGACUAUCCUUCAGGCAGCAUACGUGAAUGAAUAGCCCCAAAUGCAUGUAAGAUUUCUUAGAAAUACGGUAUUAUUUUGGAGUAAAAUUAAACCUCGGCCUGAACCCCAUGCAGGGCUCUGGCCGCAUGUGCGAAUCUCUGUGCGGACACAACUAUCCAGGAGGUCCUGCACAGGAUAGUUAUGUUAUGUGCGCGUUAACAGCCAUGUAGAACACCAGCUCUGCACUAACUGGCGUUGGCUGGUAACCUGGCCUGGUACACGUUGAAAUGAUGCCGCCGAAUGCUCCCCACUUGAACACCUCAUAGUACGGUAAUUAUGUAAUUGGCAUGCUCAGUGUGAUUGAGCAAUGUCUUGGAUCUAAUACUAUUAAUUUUGGGCCCUGAGAACCUUCACUGUGUAGAGAAAGAUGGCCACGAUAUAAUUAUUAUGGAGAAAACCAAUGGUCACAAAAACAGUGAAAACACUCUACAAGUAGUUUUUUUAAUCCCUACUUUCCUACUUUCCUACUUUCCUACUAUACUGUAUACUGGAUACUGGCAGUUUUGAAAAUCUAAUCUUUUACCUGAUGCCACUAAAUCAGUUGCGGCUUUUCAUCAACUCGGCCCGGUUAUAAUUUUUUUUAAAUAUUUUAGAAAAAACUAAAAUGCCUAAUUUCCUAAAAAAGGCCCAGCUAGUUUUUCUAAGAAUUCUUUGAAGUACAUUGCUUGUACAACUCCUGGACUCUCUUUUUUUAGACGUAGGCUUGUGCUUUCAGAGCCACGUAUAUGCAUGUUUAGCGGACAUGAGAGUGAUAGCAUGUUCUCCGAAUACACCAGAACCUUUGCUCGUGU